AACAGUUGUUUUUGAUUGCCAUUGUGUGUAGUAGGUGCGUUUUGCAGUGACGGGAAAAAAGUAAACAAAUCGUGCAAGUGGCUAACAAUUAAAUAAAAAACGAGAACCCGUGCCGUUUCCUCACGUUUCAACAAUGGCUUCGCAUUUCUUUCGUACUGCAUUUUACGCAACUGCAGCUAGAAAAUCAAUAAGUCUACCGUUCACUGCCGGCCGCACGGCGGCAACUCUUGCUGUUGGCCUUUCCUUUGGUGCGCAAAAUAAUCGCAGCUCUGCUGUAGCAUAUGAGACCGUCUAUGCGGAUAGCUUCAAUCCCCUCUCACCUAACGCCAAGGGAUUGCUUCAGCGUCCAUUAACUGAAUAUCGGCCGCUGCACCGCAAUUUUUCAAGUCUGCAAACGCAGCUGAUAAAUCAUAGCGCCAUGGCACCUUUGAAGAACCGACGCUUCAUAUCCUCCAAGGAUAUUACCAAGAAUAUGACGCUCUAUACGAAUAACAAGGCCAACAUCGAAGUGGAUCCCAAGACAUUGGCCUUCAAGAAGCCCACGGGCAAUCCGCUGGUGCUGAUGAUGGCCUGGCUCAUGGCCAAGCAGAAGCACUUGAAGAAAUAUGCCGAAAUUUAUACCGAAAUGGGCUUUGAUGUUAUGGUCGUUCACAUAACACCUUGGCAGCUACUUUGGCCCGCCAAGGGCACUCAGGUGGUUGCGGCUGAAACGUUAAAAUUUCUGGAGAACAAUCAACAAUAUGCACCGAUUAUAAUGCACGGCUUCUCCGUUGGCGCCUAUCAGAUGGGCGAGAUAAUGUUGCAAAUGUCACGUGAUAUGGAGCGCUAUAGCAGCAUAUUGGAUCGUUUUGUUUGCCAGAUUUGGGAUAGCGCUGCAGACAUUACCGAAAUACCCGUCGGUGUGCCCAAGUCCAUAUUUCCCAAGAACGAACGCAUGCAGAGCGCUCUACGCAACUACACGCUGUAUCACCUGAAGACAUUCCACAAUCAGGCCACCAUACAUUAUAUGCGCUCCAGUCAGAUGUUCCACUCGACGCUGCUGAAGGCGCCAGCGCUGUUCUUUGUCUCCGAGAACGAUCCCAUUGGCCCGCCAUCGUCCAAUCAAACCGUGCGCGAGAAUUGGGAGCGCGCCAACAUUAAGGUCACUUUCAAGUGCUGGCAACGCUCGCAGCAUGCUGCUCACUUGAUUAAGCAUCGGGAUGAGUAUCUGGACACGCUUUUCCAGCACCUGGAGAGCUGUGGUAUCUUUGAGGCUGUUGGCAUGCCCAAGCGUGCCAAGUUGUAAGCAGGCGAUCUGAUCAUUGUGGGUGAUAUACAAUUCGACUUGGAUUUCAUGAUUUUACCUAGCUCAUAAGAUUUAAGGAUUAAACAUUUUUUGUUCCCUAUGUGUACCAAUGUGUGUGUGCCACCAUUAUUUAACAAAUUUAUAUAAAAAAAAAACUAGACACCAACAAAUUUUCGUAGACUUACAAUUAGAUUUGAUUUUCAUGACUCUCUGGAACAAACAAAAAGCGUGCCGCAAGCAAAGCAACGAUAUUUAUAAGCAUAUGUGUGUAUUGUUAAAUAUAAAAACCGGCACUACUAAUUCAGCUAUAUAAAGUAUGAUUCAAUUAAAGCCAAUCAACCAUCAA